UAUAGCUCCGACACCCGCGGGUCAUUUUAAAACUCCACUCUCUCACACAUUCUCUCGAUUUCUUCUCCUCAUCAAUUUCUCUUUCUCCGGCGACGAUCGCAGAUUCCGGCGACUCCUCCGCCGCCGAACCUCGUUCUCCUGCAUCGCCAUGAAUCCUGAAUACGACUAUUUGUUCAAGCUUUUGCUGAUUGGAGAUUCUGGUGUAGGCAAGUCAUGUCUUCUCCUGAGGUUUGCUGAUGAUUCAUACCUUGACAGCUAUAUCAGUACCAUUGGAGUGGACUUUAAAAUCCGAACUGUUGAGCAGGAUGGAAAGACUAUUAAACUUCAAAUUUGGGACACUGCUGGUCAAGAACGUUUCCGGACAAUCACAAGCAGCUACUACCGUGGGGCUCAUGGCAUAAUUGUUGUUUAUGAUGUCACUGACCAAGAGAGCUUCAACAAUGUUAAGCAAUGGCUGAAUGAAAUUGACCGUUAUGCAAGUGAAAACGUUAACAAGCUUCUAGUUGGAAACAAGUGUGAUCUCACGGCAAAUAAAGUUGUGUCCUAUGAGACAGCAAAGGCAUUUGCAGAUGAAAUUGGAAUUCCUUUCAUGGAAACUAGUGCUAAGAACGCCACCAAUGUGGAGCAGGCUUUCAUGGCCAUGGCUGCUGAAAUUAAAAACAGAAUGGCAAGCCAACCAGUGAACAAUGCAAGGCCUCCAACAGUCCAAAUCCGAGGACAGCCAGUGAAUCAAAAGUCUGGUUGCUGCUCGUCUUAGAGAUGACUUAUCUGUGGUCGUAGACGUUUAUAUGUGUCUCAGUGGGCAUGUAAAACUAGUUUUUCACAUUAUGCUUUCGUAUGAAGAUUGUUCGUCAUGAUUUGCUCCUUAUAUCGUUCAGCUCAUUGUUAAAACUUCCAUUCUUUUUUAUGUAUUUGAUUUUAACAAAAAAAUAUUUGUACAAAAAUUAAGAAUGUUGGUGAAUAGCAGUAUUUGCCUUGUUCUUUCUUC